UUAGAGUUAGGGUAAGGGUUAGGGUUAAGGUAAGAAUCGUUUUACAGGUCAGCAGUGUCCUUAUAGCCUCUCCAAGAUUGACGUCAUCGAGGAUUUCCCCUACUUUCACUCCACUUCCCGUAAUAGAAGGGUUAGCGGAAUGAUUUGAUCACGACUCCCCCCAAGUCGAGCCCGCUGCUACACGGAACGAAUACUUCUCAUUCAUUGCGGUGUUUGCGUGGUGAUAGUCUCUCUCUCUCUCUCUGGAUAGAAGCUACUAUCUUUGUAGCAACUCAGGAACCGACUUGGUAGAGAAAUGUCUACCUUUAACCAGGGGCAGAACAGCGAGGAAACGGGAACAUUUGAUUCAUAUCAAAAUCACAUUCUGUUACAGCGAGCGCCUCACGAGCAACCGCAGACUGUGUUCGUCAUUCUAGACACGGCCGAAACUCUGAAUUUGAUUAGGUGAGUCAAAGAUACAGCUAUAUAGGGAACAACUAUUCUAUUCAGUUGGAUAUAGUGUUCCCAUCCACUGGUCUACUCAUAAAACCAGAAGAACUUGAAGAAAGGCACUACUGGGGCAUUUUGACCUGUCAUGGCAUCACUCUCUCAGACAGAAAGCUCUCUGUCUAAGCAGGGUAAUUAAAACACACACACACACACACACACACACACACACACACACACACACACACACACACACACACAGGGGUCGCUAAUUCUGCUGAGACGUGUAGGGUGAGUCAUCACCUUCAGCAUUGGGCUUAUCUGUUAUCUACUAGACAGCAUGCCAUGUAUCUGUGAUGGAAUGACAUGCUAUCAUCACAACUGAGUCAUGGGAGGAAGGGAGGGAGGAAGGGAGGGAGGGAGGAAGGAGGAAUGGGGGGGGGGUGGGGUAGGAUGUGUGUGUAUACCAACUAGCUACCUUGAACUGAAAUGAAAAGCCAAAGUGCAUUUGAUUCCACAGCUAUUAAGUUAUUAUAGUUUAAACUGACCUACUAAACUGUUCAUGUUAUAGUUUAAACUGACCUACUAAACUGUUCCUGUUAUAGUUUAAACUGACCUACUAAACUUGGGAUUGAAUAUAUUUUAUUUUGUAACACUUUCCACAUGUCCACAUGUUGUUGUAUAAAAAGGGAAGUUGCAUAAUGCUGAGUGAUUUGAACGAUGAUGAUUUACUUUACUGGACUAUAACUUUACAUGUAAUCCAGUGAACUGUAACACUUCUUGAAAGUAACCCAAUCUGUAUUUUAUGUUUUGAAUGGGGUUUUAAAUCCCUGGCUGGCUGUUAUAACAUAGGAUCCAUGGCUGGCUGUUCAUACUCUCUCCUCCUGGUUGUGUGUGUGUGUGUCUGCCAUGCGUGUGGACCUUGUAUCUGGGUGGAAAUGACUCAGCAGAAAUCUCCCCCUCAGCUCUCAGAUCCUUUUUAUGGCUUCCUGUAGGAUACAUUCCAAAUGGCACCCUAUUUCCUUUAUAGUGCACUACUUUUGAUGGUCCCUGAUCUAAAGUAGUGCACUAUAUAGGGAAUAGGGUGCCAUUUGGGACUUAUCCUACAGCCUGGUCUGGGAUGAAUGUAGAGCUGCUGAGGGGUUGUUAUUUAGCACUGUCUGACCAACAAAAUGAAAACACAACUCCCCAAUAACAUUACACUUAUAGCAUGUUGAGUGGACUAUUCCUACUAGAACGUUACACUUACAGCAUGUUGAGUGGACUAUUCCUACUAGAACAUUACACUUACAGCAUGUUGAGUGGACUAUUCCUACUAGAACGUUACACUUACAGCAUGUUGAGUGGACUAUUCCUACUAGAACGUUACACUUACAGCAUGUUGAGUUGGACUAUUCCUACUAGAACGUUACACUUACAGCAUGUUGAGUGGACUAUUCCUACUAGAAUGUUACACUUACAGCAUGUUGAGUGGACUAUUCCUACUAGAACGUUACACUUACAGCAUGUUGAGUGGACUAUUCCUACUAGAACAUUACACUUACAGCAUGUUGAGUGGACUAUUCCUACUAGAACAUUACACUUACAGCAUGUUGAGUGGACUAUUCCUACUAGAACGUUACACUUACAGCAUGUUGAGUGGACUAUUCCUACUAGAACGUUACACUUACAGCAUGUUGAGUGGACUAUUCCUACUAGAACGUUACACUUACAGCAUGUUGAGUGGACUAUUCCUACUAGAACGUUACACUUACAGCAUGUUGAGUGGACUAUUCCUACUAGAACGUUACACUUACAGCAUGUUGAGUGGACUAUUCCUACUAGAACGUUACACUUACAGCAUGUUGAGUGGACUAUUCCUACUAGAACGUUACACUUACAGCAUGUUGAGUGGACUAUUCCUACUAGAACGUUACACUUACAGCAUGUUGAGUGGACUAUUCCUACUAGAACGUUACACUUACAGCAUGUUGAGUGGACUAUUCCUACUAGAAUGUUACACUUACAGCAUGUUGAGUGGACUAUUCCUACUUCCGUUACUUUAUUUUAUCCCUUUGGAAUGUUGACUGUAGUCUACUGUACUCGUGUUGACUGUACUCGUGUUGACCGUAGUCUACUGUACUCGUGUUGACUGUCGUCUACUGUACUAAUGUUGACUGUAGUCUACUGUAUUCGUGUUGACUGUAGUCUACUGUACUCGUGUUGACUGUAUUCUACUGUACUCGUGUUGACCGUAGUCUACUGUACUCGUGUUGACUGUCUUCUACUGUACUAGUGUUGACUGUGGUCUACUGUACUCGUGUUGACUGUGGUCUACUGUACUCAUGUUGACUGUGGUCUACUGUACUCGUGUUGACUGUUGUCUACUGUACUCGUGUUGACUGUAAUCUACUGAACUCGUGUUGACUGUAGUCUACUGUACUCGUGUUGACUGUAGUCUACUGUACUCGUGUUGACUGUGGUCUACUGUACUCGUGUUGACUGUGGUCUACUGUACUCGUGUUGACUGUGGUCUACUGUACUCGUGUUGACUGUAGUCUACUGUACUCGUGUUGACUGUAGUCUACUGUACUAGUGUUGACUGUAGUCUACUGUACUCGUGUUGACUGUAGUCUACUGUACUCAUGUUGACUGUAGUCUACUGUACUAGCAGCUGGUUUAACACAUUGUUGUUUCUCUUUCUCUAAUGCCUGUAGGCCUAUUGUUUUUGUUGUAGCAUUUUAUAUAAUGGUACAGAUUAGAGACAUAGCUAAAUGACCAGGUUGGUACAGAUUAGAGACAUAGAGGCAUUUCAUAGAGUGGGCGUUUCCUAAUGGAAAUAUGCAAAUAUAUGCUAGAACGCGCCAAUAGGAUCUCGCUAGCUCGUGCUUGCUCUGCCCACUAUGACUCAUUUGUUCCCAUUUGAAACGACAGGCUGUGGUCUAUCUCGGUUUAGUUAUAAACAUCUUUGACUCUAGUCUCCAUUUGGUAGGAUUUCGCUAAGGCUAGGCUAUUUGGAUGAGAACAUGUUAUAAUGUUUAAUCUGCCGCGGUGUCUAAUAACAGUAAUAUUGAUGCAAUGUUUCCCCUGCCUACUGUGCUGUUACAACGUUGACACUACACUGUUCUCCCGUCCACACUACUGUUAGGCUCCAAUACUACACUGUUUCAUUUGACAGAAAGGUUGUGCGCGACUACUCCAGGUAGUAAUGGGUUUAGUUCACAAGCUUCCUAUUUUUAGCAACUCUACGGAUGCCUCUCUCUCUCUCUCUCUCUCUGGCUGUAGCCUGAGCAACUAACACGACGUAACAAGACAAUUUCCUAGGAUACAAAGGCCAUUCUUACAUUUUAUUGUCAAACGGUCGUUUGAUCGCUGAGGCAAAACACAUUUUUUUAUGGACCCUAGUUGAAUGUUGAUGAGGUUUUAUAUAAAUGAUCUCGGUUUAACCGGUGAGCGGAGAAGUAUGCUACGUCCUCCUCUUUAUGAUGACAACAUGGCUUCCUGUUCUACAACAUUAUAAAAACAACGACAUUUUUGUUUUUGACAAACUCAAUCGCGUUUUCUAUUCGUCAUUGAUUUAUGCAUAAACCUAAUUGUGAGACUGGAAUAUUUUCCCACCAACCGAUUAUGGAAUACCAUUGCUCGGUUUCAGUUAUUUUUCUCCCGAAGGCAACGGGACUAUUUAUUCAUUUAUUGGUGAGUUGGAUAUAUGAUUGUUUUCAGAUCAUGAUAACAGUCCUAAAGACUAAUAUGCUCAUGUUUGGUUGUGUCGUCGCGUCUGUGGUAAUUGUAGAACGAGGCAUCUUGGCGGGGCUUCUGUGUUUACAUUCUGUGGAUGUCUGCUCGGCAUCCGGGGUGUGUGUUCCCUCAGCCUAGGCUACUGACGAGACCUGAUAAACAAAAAUAUAAAUGCAACAAUUCCAAGAUUUUACUGAAUUACAGUUAGGAAAAAGUCAAUUGAAAUAAAUUCAUAAGGCCCUAAUGUAUUGAUUUUACAUGACUGGGCAUAGGCCCACCCACUGGGGAGCCAGGCCCAGCCAAUCAGAAUUAGUUUUUCCCCACAAAAGGGCUUUAUUACAGACAGAAAUACUCCUCAGUUUCAUCCGCUGUCCGGGUGGCUGGUCUCAGACGAUCCCGCAGGUGAAAGAAGCCGGAUGUGGAGGUCCUGGGCUGGCGUAGUUACUUGUGGUUUUUAGUCCAGUUGGACGUACUGCCAAAUUCUCUAAAACGACAUUGGCCUCCAAAUUAACAUUAAAUUCUCUGUCAACAGCUCUGGUGGACAUUGCUGCAGUAAGCAUGCCAUUUGCUCGCUCCUUCAAAACUUGAGACAUCUGUGGCAUUGUGUUGUGUGACAAAACAGCACAUUUUAGAAUGGCCUUUUAUUGUCCCCAGCACAAGGUGCACCUGUGUAAUGAUCAUGCUGAUUAAUCAGCUUCUUGAUAUGCCACACCUGUCAGGUGGAUGGAUUAUUUUGGCAAAGGAGAAAUGCUCACUAACUGAUGUAAAAAUAACUGUGCACAAAAUGAGAGAAAUAAGCUUUUUGUGCAUGUGGAACAUUUCUGGGAUCUUUUAUUUCAGCUCAUGAAACACUUUAC